AUGGGGCAAAAGGGAAGUAAAAUAGAAAUUACAGAGACUGAUAGGGCUGUUUUGCAAUUGAAAAGAUCGAAGGAUGAUAUCCACCGCUUCAGUAGAAGAACAGAUGAGUUAAUUAGCACAGAAAAGUUACAACUCAAAAAACUGAUCAAGGAGAAUCCCAAAGAUUAUAAGAGUAAUCUGAGAGUGCGACUGCUCUUGAAAAAGAUUCACUACCAGAGCCACCUAUUACAGCAGGCCUCUGACCAGUUGGUUAACUUAGAAAAUAUGUUGGCGAAUAUUGAGUUUAAACUCGUCGAAGUGCAGUUCUUGCAAGGUUUGCAACGGGGAAACGAGAUAUUAACUAAAUUGAAUAAAGAAUUUGAUAAUGUCGACGAAGUAAUGGAUAAUGUACAGGAACAGAUACAGUAUCAAGAAGAAAUCAACAAUACUCUGUCACAGAGUGUAAUUGGUGUUGAUAAUUUCGAAGAAGAAAUAGAUAAAGAAUUAGACGAUCUGGAUAAGGAGAUUAAUCCGGUUUCCGAGAUUGAAAUGCCGUCUGUCCAAAACUUGCCUGAGUUACCUCUCAAGAACGCGCCAUUAUCUGAGAGUGCCGAUAACACAAAAGGCGCGAAGAAAGAGGAAGGAGAUGGUGAACUAAUAGCCCUUUCUUCAUGA